UCUCCUCACCGGCCGGAAGUUGCCGGACUGAAUGGGCCCUCGAGCCGGCGGCGGCAUCAGCUCGGUGAACACCUGAGGCUUAGCGGCCGCCGGUUGUGUCUGCCGCUGGGCCACCAGGUUCAUGUGGAGGCUCCCAGGCGCCCGUGCCGCGCUUCGUGGGGUCCGCGCGGCCGUGGAGCGACACAGUCAGGCGGAGCCGGCGGUGGACUCGAUGGAGCGCGCUGUAGUGCGCUGUGUGCCCUCCGAGCCGAAGCUCAGCCUGUCGUUCUCGUUGGCCGAUGGCAGCCACAAGAACAUGCAGCGCGACCAGAGCGAGCCGCUGGGUCGAGUCCUCAGCCGGAUCGCCACCAACGCCCUUAAAGGCCACGCGAAAGCGGCCGUGGCCAAGAAGAGCCGGAAGAACCGGCCAAACGCCAGCGGCGGCGGAGCCUGUGCGGGGCCUGGGUCUGAGCAGGCGGCGGCCUGCGAGCCCGUGGUGAAGCUGUACUACCGGGAGGAGGCGGUGGCCGAAGAUGUGCUCAACGUGGACGCCUGGCAGGACGGUGCGGUGCUGCAGAUCGGCGAUGUCAAGUACAAGGUGGAGCGCAACCCGCCCGCCUUCACCGAGCUGCAGUUGCCACGGUACAUCAUGGCCGGCUUCCCGGUGUGCCCCAAGCUCAGCCUCGAGUUUGGGGAUCCCGCCGGCUCCCUCUUCCGCUGGUACAGGGAAGCCAAACCGGGAUCGGCGGAGCCUGAGGGCGGGGGCCCCUCGUCAUUGUCGCCCUCCUCGCCCAGUACUAGCUGGACGAGCACGGGCGUGGACGAGCGCGUCUACACCCCGUCCAAUGCCGAUAUCGGGCUGCGUCUCAAGCUUCAUUGCACCCCAGGCAAUGGGCAGCGCUUCGGGCCCAGCCGGGAGUUGGAAAGUGUGUGUCCAGUGGAGGCUGGGCCCGGCACUUGCACCUUCGAUCACCGGCAUCUCUACACGAAGAAGGUGACCGACGACGCGCUCAUCCGCACGGUCUCCUACAACAUCCUCGCCGACACGUACGCCCAGACCGAGUUUUCGCGGACCGUCCUGUACCCGUACUGCGCCCCUUACGCCCUGGAGCUCGACUACCGUCAGAACCUGAUCCAGAAGGAACUCACCGGCUACAACGCCGACCUCAUCUGUUUGCAGGAGGUUGACCGCUGCGUGUUCACGGACAGCUUGGUGCCGGCCCUCGAGGCCUUUGGGCUGGAGGGCGUGUUUCGAAUCAAGCAGCAGGAAGGCCUGGCUACCUUCUACCGAAAGUCCAAGUUCAGCCUCCUUAGCCAGCAUGACAUUUCUUUCCACGAGGCCCUGCAGUCCGACCCACUUCACAAAGAACUGCUGGAGAAAUUAGUGUUGAACCCAGCGGCCCAGGAGAGGGUGUUCCAGAGGUCUUCUGUCCUUCAGGUUUCUGUUCUUCAGUCUACAAAGGACUCUUCUAAAAAGAUAUGUGUUGCUAAUACCCAUCUCUACUGGCAUCCCAAAGGUGGGUACAUUCGUCUCAUUCAAAUAGCAGUAGCCUUGGCUCACAUUAGACAUGUCUCAUGUGAUCUGUAUCCUGGCAUACCAGUUAUAUUUUGUGGGGACUUUAAUAGUACCCCAUCAACAGGAAUGUAUCAUUUUGUCAUCAAUGGCAACAUUCCAGAGGAUCAUGAAGACUGGGCUUCCUAUGGGGAAGAGGAACGAUGCAACAUGUCUCUUACCCAUUUCUUGAAACUGAAAAGUGCUUGUGGUGAACCUGCUUACACAAAUUAUGUUGGUGGCUUUCAUGGAUGUCUGGAUUACAUUUUCAUUGACUUAAAUGCUUUAGAGGUUGAACAGGUGAUUCCACUACCUAGUCACGAAGAAGUUACCACCCACCAGGCCUUACCUAGUGUUUCUCAUCCCUCGGAUCACAUAGCACUUGUAUGUGAUUUAAAAUGGAAAUAGAUUUGUGUUUAAUGGAAUUUAAGUCUGCUUUACUAAGAGAUAUUUAAUAUGAAUCAAAGUUUAUGUGUAACCUUCAAAGAGGAAAACUAGACACCAGGUUCUUAGUUCUUACCCUACUAGUUAUGUUUUAAUGUCUUCAUUACAUGACUUCAUAAUCUUUGCAUAAUAUAGUUUCUGUACUCUUCCCCCCUCCCCCUUACACUUGGAGGAAAAACAAAUAUAUUUAUGACUGGCAGGGAACAUUGAAUUAUUGUGUACAUUUUAUAAAUACUUUUUUUUUAGCCUCGCUAUUAAGAAUUUUGUAAAAUACCAUUUGAAUGAUGCUAUAAUUUUUCUAUCAUAACACAUAUUUCCAAUUGAAUCAUGUUUAUACAAUUAGAGGGGAAAUGCAUACAAGUUAAGGUGAGAGGCCUAAGUUCUGAUAUGUGAGGAAUAACAUUAGGGCCUACCUCUACCUCAAUUUGGUUAGCAAUUUAAUACAACUUGAGAACUUUAACAAAAGAUUAAAAUAUUGCUUCUCAUCUUUCAUUUUUCAAUUAGCAUAGUUUCAUUCUCUUAUUUUUAGGAUUUUAGUUGUUAGUACAACUAAAUAUGGUACAAAUGAACAUAUAUCUUUUUUACUGCAGCUCAUUUUAAUUUUUAGGAUGCAAGCACAACUUAAUAUUCAAAGUGAAUAGCAACAAAGUCAACUUUAUCCCUUUGUCUUUAAGUACUCUUGCCCAUGAAAAGUGUUCAUAAAUUAACAGAAAGUGACCAUGUGAUAUUAGAGAAUAGAGCACAAUACAUUAUGAGAAACUGCUGACUGAUGUGGGCUUUAAAUUUUGGAUGAACUAUUGAGCAUUUCUGUUAGAAGUAUUUUUGAAAUUAUUGGUUUUACAAAUAGAAAAGGGAGUAGUGGGGCUUUUGAAGAUCUUGGAAAUAAACAUCCUUUUGAAGAUCUUGGAAAUAAAACAAUUUGAGUUGCAGGUAAACAUUAUAUAUAUAAUUUAUAUACUGUAAAAAAAUUUUUAAUAUGAAGCCAAACUUUCUAAAAUUAGAAAUUAGUUUUACUGAAUGGUAUCUGGCCUAGAGUGGUAACCAAGCUUUUCUAACUCAAUUAUCACCAUACCUAAUUUGUAAUACUUUAGCUGUUGUUUUUUUUGAUGUUUGGGAAAACUGAAAUGUUAUCUCAUUUCUGCAUUUAAUUUCCAGCUUAGAUAUUAAAAGCCCAUCCACUUCAAGAAGAGCUCUUUCCACAGUUGUGAGAGCUUUUGCUCCAAAUUCUUUCAUUUUUUUCAUCUUAAACCCAACACUGUAAGAACUUUACUCUUGAUAAAGUAGCCUAUACUUUCAUAUUCUGCUCACUAGCCAUUGUAUUUUUAACUCUUUGUUUAGUAAGUUUGAGAAUGAGAGGGUUUUACAUGCACUUUAGAUUGAACUUUGAAGUACUUAAAAGUACUUGAGGGGGGAAAUUGAGGUAGCAGUUUCUUGGGAUCUUUUUUAGAAAAAGCUAUAAAUGAAAAAUUGAUGUUACCAAAUUGUGCUUUCCUAAAUAACAUUUUUGAGAGCAUUUUAACAUCAGUUUACAAAUACAUAAAUAUUAAAGCCAGAAGCUGAUUCUUUUGAAAAAACUUUUUUUUUUUUUUUAAUUUGGUUUUGGUCUGCCUUCAAACAAAGAUGUUGACAGGGUCUUACAAUAACUUGAGAGAAAACAAAAAGCUUCUAAGUGAAAAGUUGAGAAAUACUUUGAAAGAAAAAAUUAUAACAUGAUAUACUCAUGCCCAAGAGAAAAACAUAUAGGUCCUAUUGAACUCUGGUCAGAAAAACUCUAAACACUUAUAAAACAUUCCACAUCCGGAAUCUUUAAAUUUUUUGCUGACUAAACAGUGUGAUCAGAUUGUAUAUAAGCAUUUCAGAGUAAUUGAAUAUAGAAUAUUAUAAAGUGCCACAUUCUCUGAUUAAAUCUUCAGUAUACAGUUAUGUUAGUAUAAUUGGGAGUUCAAAGGUAGGGAACACUAAGAAAACUGAAUAAAUAUCAUACCAAAAUUUCCUUAUAUUCCAGUUAGAAUAAAGCAUCAUUCAGAAAUGUUUGUGUUUAAAGCCAUCUUUGUGACUGAAUUUUCAAUUAUAUUUGGAUUUUUAGUACAUUUAAUUUUAAUAAAAUAUGGAAAGUCUAACUCUAUGGUGAACCACGUUUUAAGAUGUCAUUAGUUCUUGCUGUAGGAAUUAACAUUCUAAAGUUUUAUAUUGAUUAUAAAUGACUAAGAGUAUAUAGAACACAUCCUGUUCUUGAACUUUGGCACAGUUGCUACUUUAGUAUACACUGGUAAUUCAUAAUUCAUUAGCAAACAUUCCUGGCUAUAAUACAAUGUUCUUCAAAAUUCUGAAUACUAAUAUCUGUUGUUUCAAAUUUCCAAGAGUUUCACUGGGUGAUGACUUUUCUGAAAGAAUUAAGACCUGAUUAUCAUCAGAAUGUGGUGAUUUCAGACUGGAAGUAGAUCUCUGAGGAACAUACUAUAAGAGAGAGAGGGUCCAAAGAAUACUACUGUGGUAAGAGCUCCUGGUGGAAACUGACACCUUUAGCUCUCAUAUUCUCCAGCUAUGAAAUACAGGCAGAAGUUCCCUACAAACUAGUUUGAGACAAAACCGAAACACAUACAUAUUGAAGGGUAAAAGUUUGCACUACUAGUUUAUCACAAGACCCACAUGGCAACUCAAUAGGGAAAAUCUUUCCUCUAAAAAAUUAGAGUCAACACUGGUUUUCUAAACAUCCCAAAACAUUUUGAAAUAUAUAUAUUUUAUUGAUUUCAGAGAGGAAGGGAGAGGGAGAGAUAGAAAUAUCAUUGAUGAGACAGAAUUAUUGAUUGGCUGCCUCCUGUAUGCCCCCUACUGGGGAUCAAGUCUGAAACCAGGACCCUUCAGGCCACAGGCCAACUCUAUCCACUGAGCCAAAACAGCUAGGGCCAAAAACAUUUUGUUUAAAAAUUUUUAAUAUUUUGCUCAAUAGUACUAGAAGGAAAUACUAUCUAGAUUUCGUUUGGGAGAUGAAAUAAUUCAAGAGCUUUAACUGAUUUGGGUAAUAUUCCAAUGCAUAAAGCCUCGCUUUAUGUGAAAGUCCAUGCUUUAAUUUUAUUGAAGGUAUUAGAGCUGUUUUGGGGUGGUUUUUGAAGCACUAACUUUAGAAUAACAAUACAUUCUGAGAUGACAGUACCAAAGCAUUUUCAAAAAAUAUAUUUUUAUUGAUUUCAGAAAGGAAGAGAGAGGGAGAAAGAAAUAGAAACAUCAAUAAUGAGAAUCAUUGAUCGGCUGCCUUCUGUCCCUCCCCCACCCCCCUCCCACUGGGGAUGGAGCCUGGGCCCCGACUGGGAAUCUGACUGUGACCUGGUUCAUAGGUCAACACAAUCACCGAGCCACCACAGCCGGGCAAAAGCAUUUCUUUUAAUUGAAGUGAAAUUCACAUAAAACCAACCAUUUUAAUGUGAUUCCAUUGCAUUCAGUAUAAUCAUGAUGUGGUGUGGUGCAACCACCAUCUCUAGUUCUAAAACAGUUUCAUCACCUCUAAAGGGAACCCUUUAUCCAUUAAGCAGUCACUUCCUACCCCUCCAGCCUUGGCAACUACUAAUCUGUUUUCUGCCUCAAUGGAUUUCCCUAUUCUGGAUAUUUCAUAUAAAUGGAAUCAUAUAAUAUGUGA